GCCAGGCGCGGUGGCUCACCCUGUAAUCCCAGCACCUAGGCGAGCGGAUCAUUUGAGGCCAGGCGUUCGAGACCAGCCUGACCAACAUGGUGAAACCCCGUCUCUACUAAAAAUACAAUAACUUGCCGGGCGUGGUGGCUGGUGCCUGUAGUCCAAUCUACUCGGGAGACUGAUGCACGACUAUCGCUGGAACCCGGGGGCCGGAGGUUGCAGUGAGCCGAAAUCGUGCCACUGCACUUCAGCCUGGGCGACAGAGCAAGACUACCUCAAAAAAUAAAAAUAAAAUGGGCUAUGGAUUGAGCCGGUUACAGGUUGUGUGGUGCUUGCUAGGCCCCUAACUUUACAGAUUUGGCCUUGGACCCUCUCUACCUCUGUACAACGAUCGUGUUGGACUAAAAGAAUCUCUCAGCGAACUCUUCUCCAAUACUGACUUCAUACUAGGUCAGCAGGAUCACAGCGAAGGAACCCUGCGCGAAAUCGCGGAGGUCGGCUGCAAGAAAAGCACUGCAGCUUCAGGGCGCAUGCGCAUUUCCCCUCCUUGCCGGUUUUCCGGGUCUCUACGAGUGGCUGCCCCACAAAAUGCCUGCUUCUCUGCAGCAUCCCACUGUUCUUCACAUGCUCUCUAAUAUCACCUUUUCAUAUCCACUUUCUCCUCCAUGUUGAAAAAAAUAAAUUGACAGACUAGAUCCUGCAAAGAUCUUUGGACAUUUAAAUAUCUUGGACCGGCGCGGAAAGAGGCGGCCUGACCUUGGAAGUGGGACGGGGUCCUGCAGUGGGUCCUUCCGGGGGGGUGACAUUCAACUGGCCGUUCGGGGCGACGGACUUUCCAUUCCAGAACCAUGGCCCAAUUUAUCCGUAACCUUGUGGAGAAGACCCCGGCGCUGGUGAACGCUGCUGUGACUUAUUCGAAGCCUCAGUUGGCCACAUUUUGGUACUACGCCAAGGUUGAGCUGAUUCCUCCCACCCCUGCUGAGAUCCCUAGAGCUAUUCAGAGCCUGAAAGAAAUAGUCAAUAGUGCUCAGACUGGUAGCUUCAAACAACUCACAGUUAAGGAAGCUGUGCUGAAUGGUUUGGUGGCCACUGAGGUGUUGAUGUGGUUUUAUGUCGGAGAGAUCAUAGGCAAGCGUGGCAUCAUUGGCUAUGAUGUUUGAAGACCAAUCUUUAACAUCUGGUUAUAUUUGAUUUAUUAUUUGAGUGUUGUUGGACCACGUGUGAUCAGACUGCUAUCUGAAUAAAAUAAGAUGUGUUAAAAAUCA